AUGUCUACACCAGUCAAAAGUCAGCUUCACCUCGUGCUGUAUCGAGGCUUCCCAGUCUCCAAUGCCUACGUGUGGUCACCUUUUGUCACAAAGCUUGAAGCGCGCCUUCGAUUCGCUAAGCUGCAAUUCCGCACCGACCAAGGUUCAAUGAGCAAAGCACCUCGUGGUAAAAUACCAUAUAUUGAGAUCGCCCAUCCCAACCAAGAUCCGCCGACUAGCUUAGGAGACACAAGCCUCAUCAUCCAACGACUGAUUGAUGACGGGGUUUGUCAAGACUUGAAUGAAACACUUUCACCAAUCGUCAGAGCCCAGGAUGCUGCCAUUCGCGCCCUUCUUGAGGACAAGUUAGCUUUUUAUCAAAGCUCGGAGAGGUGGCAUGACAACUACGACACCAUGCGAUCUGGUGUGCUCGGUGCAAUCCCAUGGCCAAUACAGCCCCUGAUUGGUCUCCUGGCCUACCGCGGAGUGACCCGUACCCUUUAUGGCCAAGGCACUGGCCGAUUCUCCAGUGAUGAGCUCGCAGGAUUCCGCCGGGACGUUUGGGGGCAUAUCAAUGCAUUUUUGAGCGAGGCUCGCCUUACAGCUCCUGAUCUUCAGACUCCUUUCUGGGUCUUGGGCGGCAAGAAUCCUUCCGAGGCGGAUGCAACCGUCUUCGGCUUCAUUGCCUCGGGUCUGGGGUGUGCAGCGGCACCGGAUAGCAAAGAGAUCAUCAAAAGUUACCCGGUCUUGGUCGAAUAUGCCAAGCGAAUCCAUGAUGUCUACUUCGAAGAGUACGCUCUUUGGGAAGGAGACGUAUGA